UUUAGAUUAUUCAGAUAUAUUUUGAAGUGGUCCAGCUCGAAUGAAUUUAUUAGGCACAUUUAAGGUUUGAGUUUGUACGAUAGUGUGCAGUUGCAACCACUCCCAUUCCGCAAUUGGUAACGAAUUAAAGAAGAUAGAAAUAGCCACUCCUCCUUCUUCACAGUAUUCAUCUCUUUCUUUUCCUUUUCUGUCCACUUCCAAAUUUUGCAAUGGCUAAAUCGGAGAAGCUCAAACACUUUGUUGUUGAUAACCCCUUCUCUCACAAUGAAACAUCCAAACUCAUCUCCCUGGGUUUCAUCCUAUAUAUAUACAUAUCUCAUUCUCAUCAUCCUCAUUCUCAUUCUCAUCAUUCUCAUUCUCAUUCUCAUUCUCCUCAUUCUUCCACAGUCCUCCGAAAAUGUCCUUUCCCAACACCACUGCCUCGCCCAACACCGCCUCUCCCACCACUGCCUCGCCCAACACCACCGUCGCCGACCCUAACUUCCACCACGUGACGUUUCAACACCCUGAUCUGACCAUUCUGAAACAUCACAAGCCAAAAUGGCCUCUCCCUGUCAUCUUAGCCGCUACGGCGGUAGCAGCCAUGUUAAUGGCCGUGCUCAUCUACUGGGCACGAAAGAUGAGAGCAGCACCGGCGGAGGAAGCUCCGACUCAGUCGGCUCCGGCUUCCUCUUCUUUGUCCGUGGAUGGGGCAGGUAGAGGUAGAGGUUAUACUCAUGGAUCUACGUCCGUUAUAGACUCACAUUUUGGGAUAUGAUUUGUGUUUUAAACAAAAAAUCCAGAUCUGAGUUUGAGUUUGAGUUGACGAGGACUGAGUCAGAUGGUCGGUGGUGUGCUGUGCUGUACUGGUUUGAUUUGGUUUGGUUUUAUGACCUUGUUGUGUGGGUUUUGUUUUCUUCUGUAGUAGUUGCAACUUGCAUUACACUGUUCAGUUGCGUAGGAACAUAUAGUGACUCUUAUAAUAAAAUAAUUAAUUUUAAAUUUAA